AUGAUCACGAUAGCAUUAGGUUUUAACCCGGCGAAACAGUGCGACAAGCAGGUUCCCCAUUGUGGUCAAUGCAUACGUACGCGCGAAGUUUGCCCGGGGUACCGUGACGAGUGGGACUUGGUUUUCCGUGACCAAACAAGCGAUACGAUCAAGCGGUCUAGGAAGUUUUCAGAGAAGAAGCGGUUUGAGAUUGAUGAAUCCGCGACCGACGUCAACGCUUUGACCAUACCGAUCUCUGGCCCGAAUCCCAAUCUCGUCGAUCUGGGCGUAAACUACUUCCUUCAAGACUUCGUUGUGGGUGGUCGAUACCCUUCAUGUGGAUUCCUGAACUACAUCCCUACGGCUUACUCGGCCGAUGCCGAGCACCCGACUCUACUGGCCAGCAUGGCGGCGGUGGGUCUUGUUGCGUUAGCAGCUCGUCGACCUGAGCUUGUUCGCCACGCACGUGCCAAAUACUCCGAGGCGAUCCAGUAUGUCAAUGACGCAUUGUCAUCCCCUGUCGACUCACUCAAAGAUAGUACCUUGAUGUCAGUGAUCUCGCUUGGAGUUUUUGAGCAUGUCUCAAACUUUGAGUCGUGGGUCCGCCAUGUCAAAGGAGCUGCAACCCUGGUAGUUGCUCGUGGUAAAUCUCAAUUUGCCCGUAGGAAUGCCAUGUUGAUGUUCAACCAGGUGCGCGCAGAUAUGUCGGCUGCCUGCAUACAUAGCGUUCGGCCCUUUCCAAAUGAUAUGCGUGAGCUGCAGGAAGAGGCGGCCAAAUAUAUCGAUCCUUCCGAUGCAUUCUGGGCCCUCGGAGUACUUGCCACUCGAUGCGCAACUAUCUUUGCGCUGGCAGCACGGAAGAAUAAUGGUAUCCGUUGCUCUGAGUCUUGGUAUGACUUUUUAAAAAUAUCUAUUUCAAUUGAGGACGACUUCGAAUUUGUUCUUGAUGUCCUUGCUAAGCAGGAGCCGUACAAGAUCAUUCAAGAAUCUUGUGAGAGAGCGAGGUUCAUUUCAUAUAAUGGUCAAUACCACCUAUACAGGACAUCUUGGGCGAUAAGGCUUUGGAAUAACUCGAGAAUGGUCGAGAUUAUAGUUUGCAGGAUUAUAUGCUGGCUUAUUUCCAAAGUCCUUGAAGAUGAACCCCCUUAUUCUGAUGGAGCUCGACUGAAUCUUGAAUCUAAACGGCAGGAGGCGAUUCAGAUCAUGUCACGACGAGGAAAUGAGAUAUUGGCCACCGUUCCGCAAGGUUUAGGGCUCGUAUCCCUACCCAGUGCAAAUAAACCCGAAGAGCCGAGUGUUUCGGGCGGGUAUAUGCUAAUAUGGAACCUCUAUACGGUCGGAAAGUCCCCUGCUAUCAGUCAUCAAAACCGCCGAUGGGUCGUCAAACAACUCAAGGGUAUCAGUGAAAGCGCAGGCAUUACGAUGGCUCUUCAGCUUGCCGAGGAUAUUGUUAGAAUAGAUCACGAAGUAUACGUUGAUUAG